AUGGUGAAUGUGCUGCACGUCGUCGACCACGACUGGAGGGUGGUGGACAACGUGUACUUGGCCGCCGCCGCCGUUAUUGUCGUCGCAGCAACAGCAACAACAGGGAGUGCAGCUCUCCUACAAGUACGAAAGAAGCUCAUAAUGAAGAUUAAAAAAUCAAAAUCAAAGCAGUAUUUGUCAACGCAAAGCUCGCUCGCGGUAUGGGCGGACUUUAUUGAUAUUACUCUC